AUGACCACAACCGUAGUAAUAGCGCUGGCACUGGCACUGGCACUGGUACUAGAAGUACUGCUUGAGGUUGCGCUCGAUACGGAAUUUAUUGCUGGAUUGCUCACAAGAAGACACCAAGUAUUUAAUGGAGGUGGAGUGGCUGGUUUAGUUUGA